GUCCGUGGAGUGCAGGCGAAGUCCGCGGCGUGCGGCUCGCGCCAGUGUGUGUGUGUUGUGUACGACUCGCGUCCUGGCGGAGGACCGCACCGGAGGAGCAACGCGUCUCUCCGCUCGUCCCCGCCGCUAGGAUGCUGAAGCACGUGCAGCUGAGCCCGUUCCGGUCGCGCUCGGACACGCUGAGCCUCAGCUCGACCGCCAGCUACUCCAGCCUGGGCAGCCCGGAGCCGCUGCUCUCCAGCCGCUCCUCGUCCUACUCCAGCCUGAGCGAGGCCUCGCCCGCGACCACGAUCAAAGUGUACGCGCGCUGCCUGCGGCCGGACAUCGAGUACAAGACGCUGAGCAUCACGUUCCAGACGACGUGCCGCGAGGUGGUGACCGCGCUGCUCAACAAGUACCGCAUGCGCCACCGGGACCCCAACCUCUUCUACCUCACCAUGGAGGUCACAGUCCGCAAGGCCGGCGUCCGGACUGUCCUGGUGCUGGACGAGGAAGCUAGGCCAGCGGCGUUGCAGUCCUGCCACCCUCGCGGAGACUCCAGGUUCUGCUUGCAGACUCGUCGUGGAGGACUCGUGAAAGUCUACGACAGCGUGCUGAUGCCGGGGUCGCAGUACAAGAGCCUGCUGGUGUCGGAGCGCACAACGGCGGACGAGCUGCUGCAGAUGCUGCUCAACUGCUGCGGCUCGCAGGAGCGCGUCGAGCAGUUCUCGCUGUACGAGUCGUCGCGCGCCCAGGAGUACCAGCGCAAGCUGCACCCCGACGACUGCCCGCUGCGCGUGCAGCAGUGCUGGCCCCUCGACGGCGACCUCCACUUCAUUGUGCGUCGCAACGCCGAGUUCAGGCCGGCGCCGCAGUCGGCUCCCACCUCGCGCAAGAAAACCUGGACACCUGAGCUAUCAUCAAUACCAAGCUCUUCCAGGCAACUGCAGCCGCAAUCUCAGCUGAAUCUGACAUCAGUUGAAAACUCCAAACAUCACUCAAGUUCAUCCUAUUCAGACUAUGAAAACUACUUUUACAUCUGAAGACUGCAGUAAUUCAGCACUGUACACGCACAUCUUAAAAUAUGGUCCAUAGCUGACAUCUCUUCACACGGAAACUAGGAACAACACUU